UAAAUUCAUUUCCUUACGAAGAAGAACGCAAAAAUAAAUAAUAAAAAAAACUAAAACAAAUGGGGACCCGUCAUAAUAACUUUGCCCCUGUCCUCCGUCUAAUCGCCGCCGUGCUCAGCCUCUCCGCCACCGCCUCCGCCAUCGGGGUAAACUACGGCACCCUCGGAAACAACCUGCCGACACCCGCCACGGUGGCCAAAUUCCUCAAGACGAAGACGAUCAUCGAGAGCGUCAAGCUCUUCAACGCCGACCCGGACAUCCUCCGCGCUUUCGCCGGCUCCGGUCUUAAAGUCACGGUCACGAUUCCCAACGGCCUGAUCCCGUCUCUGACGAAGGACGAUGAGGCCCGUGGGUGGAUCAAUGACCAUAUUGCCCCUUUCUAUCCCAAGACCAAGAUCAACCGGGUCCUCGUUGGGAACGAGAUUAUGGCCACGCUCGACGAUAAUUUGAUUUCCAAUCUUGUCCCCGCUAUGAAAGCUGUUCAUCGAGCUCUGGUCAAGGCCGGGAUUGAUGACGUUCAGGUAACAACAGCACACGCAAUGGGGAUUCUCAAAGUAUCGGAGCCGCCAAGCGCCGGCCAGUUCUGGCCAGGCCACGACGUCGCAGUCUACGCGCCGAUGCUCCAAUUCCUCCGCGAGACCGACGCUCCGUUCAUGGUGAACCCUUACUCCUACUUCGGCUACUCCCCGAAAAUGGCCAACUACUCCCUCUUCCUUCCCAACCCGGGAAUCCCCGACCCGGCCACCGGCAUCACCUACACCGACAUGUUCGACGCCACGCUCGACGCCACCUACUCCGCCAUGAAGAGGCUCAACUUCACCGACGUCCCCCUCCUCGUCGGCGAGACCGGCUGGCCCACCCUCUGCCUCCCCGGCCAGCUGGAGUGCACCGUCGAUAACGCCGCUUGUUACAACUCCCACCUCGUCGCUCGCGACAUUAACGGGACCGGCACGCCGUUAGUGCCCGACAAGCCCAUCGGGAUUUUCCUGUUCGCGCUGUUUAACGAGAACCAAAAGCCCGGCCCAAUUACUGAGCAGCAUUGGGGCCUGUUUAAGCCCGAUAUGACUCCCGUUUAUGACUGCGGCGUCGUGCGCCCCGGAGAGGAGAUCGUCGCCAGCCCCGAAUCUUCCCCGAGCUCAUCGCCGAAAGAGGAUCAACAGGCGAACGGGAAUUCCGGCGAUGAACAGGCGAAGGGGGAUUCUACCGAUGAACAGGCGAAGGGAGAUUCUACCGAUGAACAGGGGAAAGGGAAUUCUAGCACGGGAAGCGAAUCUGAAACCUCUACGUCGAAUGCCGCUGGACUUUACCCGUAUUCACAAUUUGUCAUUGAUUUCGUGUCAGCUACCUCUAACUAUCGGGACAAUGGUGGGCUGGAUUCCACCUGUAAUUUGUCAGGCGGCGUCACCACUGUGACUGUCAAUCCAAGUCAUGCGCCAAUUGUGAAGUCCCGUGAGGAAAGAUGGAUGAGGAUAUGGAAACGUGAAGCAAAACUGAUGAAGAAGCUGCUUAGGAGCUCUGACUGAUUUGGGGAAAGAGGAAUAGCUAGUGCAAAAAUAGUUGUUACUAACUUACUAUGAUAUAUCGUUUUUAUGGGAGG